AUGGAGUCCAAGCAACCCCACAGCACGCCCGACCUGGAUGUCGAGGCUGGAGGUGAAACGGUCAGAGAUGAGAGUGAUCGGACCGAGCGCGCCAUGCGUAUCACUUUCGAAGAUUCGUCGGCGACAGAGGCUGAGAGCGCCGCGAUCGACAACAUGCGGUCGAUCUAUCAGCCCCUCGGCUUCAGCCAUACUCGUUCGAUAGGGAGAGAUACCAUCCACAGCACUCGCAGCAGUAGCCAUACUGUGACGCCGGGGAAUGUUGGCAUCCCAAUUGAAUUCCGCACUCUCUCCAUCCAGAUUUCAGAAUCCCAGAAUGUCCCCAAGGAAGUUGCGGCGGAGCCUCCCCGGGAGAAGCUGCCCAACCAGGAUUACUUUGAAAGCCUCGAUUUCCAUAACAUCCCCUCCGAAAAUCUAUGCCAGCAGUUCAAUGUGGACCAGCGCACCGGCCUCACCAGCUCUGCGGCUGCCACUCGGCUCGCGCGCGAUGGCAAGAACAUUAUUGCCCAUCACAAAGAGAACUAUCUCAAAAAGUUAUUCUUCUAUGUCUUUGGUGGCUUCUGUUCCAUUCUGUGGGUCGGUGUCAUCAUCUUCUUCAUCUGCUGGCGCCCCCUGAGCAAUCCACCCUCGCCUAGUAAUCUGGCGAUGGCAAUCUUGGUCAUUAUCGUGAUUGUCCUCCAGGCCAGUUUCUCUGCAUUCCAAGACUGGUCGACUAAGCGUGUCAUGAAUUCUAUUUUGGGUCUGCUCCCAUCGGAGGCUCUUGUCCUGCGUGACGAGAAGCUGAUUCGUCUUCCGGCCUCCGACUUGGUGACUGGCGACAUUGUCCAAAUCAACAUUGGCAACAAGGUCCCUGCAGACAUGCGCCUUAUCCAAACCUCAGGCGAUGUUCGAUUCGAUCGUGCGAUUCUAACAGGCGAGUCAGACGAGAUUGAUGGCGCCACGGAGGCCACCGACGCCAACUUCCUGGAGACCCGCAACAUUGCCCUCAUGGGUACCUGUGUCACUAAUGGUAACGCCACGGGCGUCGUCGUUCUUACUGGAGCGGGAUCGGUUAUGGGGCGGAUUGCAAAGAUGACUUCGGGUGUCAAGCAGAAGCCGACGCUGAUCCAGAAGGAAAUCACUCGCUUCAUCACCAUUAUCAUAGCCCUCACCGUCUCCCUCGCUCUUUUGAUUCUAUUCACCUGGGUAGGAUGGCUUCGCAAAGAUCACCCCACUUACAUGAGUGUGGUCGCGAUGCUAAAUAAUGUCAUGGGCUGUGUUGUGGCCUUCAUUCCGGAGGGCAUGCCCGUGGGUGUGGCGUUGACUUUGAUGAUGAUUGCAAAACGCAUGAAGGCGAACAGCGUUCUGCCUAAGGGUCUGGCCACCGUGGAGACUCUUGGUUGUGUAAACGUGAUUUGCUCCGACAAGACCGGAACUUUGACGCAGAACCGCAUGUUCGUCAAGUCGCUUGGAAUGGUGGACUGGGAGUUCAAAUUGGAUGACUUAGCGACUGGAAUUGAUGUCUCCAACGGACUGGCCAAUGUUCUGCGUGCCUCGGUUCUGUGCAAUGAUGCCUCAUUCGACCCCUCAACCAUGGAUCUGCCAUCUUAUGAACGCACUGUCAAUGGAAAUGCUACCGAUGCAGCGGUUCUCCGACUCGCAGAUAGCGUUGGGGCUGCCACACCAAAGAACCUCGAUCCUUACGAACGUGUGCACCAGAUUCCAUUCAACUCCAAAAACAAAUGGAUGCUCACAAUGCAUCGUGAUCCGGAUGCUGCCAAUGGCUAUUUAAUCUAUGUCAAAGGUGCUCCUGAUGUACUCCUAGAUCGUUGCUCUUCCUACUGGUCCGCAGUACACAACGCAGUCCGCCCCUUGGAUGAAGAAGCUCGUCAGAAAUUCUCUGCCUUCCAAGCUAAGCUUUCCCGCCGUGCCGAGCGUGUCAUCGUUAUCUGCCAACGACAUUAUGUUUCGACGAAUGAGCCUGGUUCCAAUGAAUUCUCUGAUGAAAUCAUGGCCUCUGGUGUUCAGGGCCUGACUGUCCUCGGUAUUUUCGGCAUCAUUGACCCACCCCGUCCAGAGACAGCCCAAACCGUUGCAUCUUGCCGUCGUGCAGGUAUCCGGUUCUUCAUGGUUACAGGUGAUUUUGGUCUCACUGCAGCGGCAAUCGCCAGAGAUAUCGGUAUUUUUGAUGGCGCGGCAGAGCCAGACACUAUUGACGAUUUGCGGGGUGCAUACAGCGACGAGGCCAAGAAGUCAUAUUCUCGCCACAGCUUGCUUCUUGAAGGCACCAGCCUGUCUUCUUUGACUUCAGAUGAGUGGGCUACUAUCUGUGAAUAUGACGAGAUUGUCUUCGCUCGGACCAGCCCAGAGCAGAAGUUGCGUAUCGUUUCGGAGCUCCAGGCAAAGGGCAACUAUGUUGCCGUCACUGGUGAUGGUGUAAAUGAUGCACCUGCACUUCGUGCCGCAGAUGUCGGCGUUGCAAUCGGCUCUGGCAGUGACGUCGCAAUUGAGGCAGCGGAUCUGGUCCUUCUGGACCGCUUUGACUCUAUUGUGGAAGCUAUCCGUUUAGGUCGCCUGGUUUUCCAGAACCUUCAGAAGGUUAUUGCCUACCUCCUCCCUGCCGGUAGCUGGUCUGAAAUCUGGCCUGUUAUUAUGAAUGUCUUCUUCGGUGUUCCAUCACCACUGAGCUCUUUCUUGAUGAUCAUAAUCUGUGUCUUCACUGAUCUAUUUCUGUCACUUUCCCUUAUCAUGGAAAAAGAGGAAUUCGACCUGCUCAGUAUCCCACCUCGCCGUCCGAAAGAAGAUCAUCUGAUCAACCUGCGCAUCUAUGGCCAGUCAUACCUUUUUGUUGGUGUCAUGGAGGCUUUCAGCGCUCACGCCAUGUUCUUUUUGUAUAUGUGGCAGGCCGCUGGCAUUCCCUUUUCCGAUCUUGUCUUUGCCUUUGAAAAAUACACCGACGGCUUCCAUGGAUACUCACAGGAUGAGUUGACCCACUUCAACAAUGUUGGCCAAUGUGUCUACUUCGUCACCUUGGUUAUCUUGCAGUGGGGCAAUAUCCUGUCUAUUCGCAGCAAGCGUAUGUCACUGCUCCAGGCCGACCCUAUCCGCCCUGCUCGCCGUAACCCCUGGCUGCCUCUGGCUAUGCUCAUCUCACUCGUUAUCGCUAUCUUCGUUACCGAAGAGCCCGGACUCCAAAACCUCUUUGGCACCGCUUCUGUUCCGAUUAAGUUCUGGUUUAUCCCACUGGGGUUGGCACUGGGCGUGCUCGUUAUGGACGAGCUGCGCAAGGUGUUGGUUCGGCUGUUCCCCAAGGGACCAGUUGCAUGGGCCUCGUGGUAG